UCAGUUUUAGGACAGACGUAAUUGGGCCGCAACUUGUAAAUGCCCAAUAACUAGGCCCAAUUAGAUCAGCCCAAGCUCAUUUCCUUAGAUUCUAGGCCUGGUCUCUGGCUCUUGGCUCAUGGACUGGACCCAGGCCUGCUUGAGAGCAGCCUGGUUCCUGGCUAAAGCUACAUAUUGAAUUAUGGUGCAGAGUCCUUGGCAGAAUACAGGGGAGCCCACCUUUGAUGGAGAAAGAUGCUUAGAUAGGGGAGGGUAGGGUCAUGUAUCACACCAAUCAGAUGAUUGGUCCAACCUUCAAGUUUGCAGGCUCUUGAAUGGAUGGCUGAUCAUCUGAUCAGGGUGAUUAUGGGCUUCAGUACAUGGUGGCACUCACGUCUUUAUGGAAUAUGCAGCUUUCUUUGUAUCUUUCUUUCCUUGGAUUUGGGUCUUAUCAAUCCAAUGGGCGUCUCUCAAGGUCAAUGGAUGAUGGAGAUUAUCAAUUUAUUUUCUGAUGAACGCUUCUUGCUAAACAAUUUAGCAAUGUGUCUAUCUUCUUAGUAUUUGGAUUUUGAUCUUCUUAAUCCCAUGGUUAUCUUUCAAUGACAGAGAUUAUUGCUACUGAAAUCAAAUGUGCCUGUUUGUAAAUUAUUUAUGAACAAUGCAGUCUAGGCAUGGACAUGGAGUUCUGGAUGUGUGUGGUCUGAAACAUAUAGAAAAGAAGCAACCUUCUCCCUUGCUUCUUUGCCAUCUUGAAUAUGUUAAAUGCUAGCCCGCAGUCCCUAGAUGGGGCUAGUGAUGGGCUCUGAGGCCAGCUUCUUCAGGAGGCACCGGAGCCAGCUGAAAAAAUGUGGGACACCCCACCUGCUUCAAAAUGUCAGCACUCUAGCUUGCUUCAGUGGGGGUGGGGGAUUGAUUUCUGGGACCAAUGGCUACCUUUUUCAGAUGAUCAGUAUAACCAUCCAUUAUGUAGACUCACUAUCGGGUGGCUAUGAUCAUCUGAUCAGGGUGAUUUUCUUCCUUAAGUAUGUGAUAAUCAAUGGCAGGCCCAUUAUCCAGUCCAAAGGUCUCUUGAGUUCACAUUGUAAUUUUGUGCAAAGUCUCACGCUGAAUUAUUCCUUUUCUUCUUGUGUUCUCUCUAAAUACAUGUUGCAAUUUCUUGUGGUUCGAUCUUUUCAGUCCGGUGGUCCUCUCUCAUUGCCAAUGGAUGAUAGAUGUUAUUGCCACUUGCUAUCAGUUUCCUUCUUUUUUCUUUGUGGUUCUUGAUGGAAUGCAGGUAAUAUCCUUUUGCUGAGGAAACAACUGCGUCUAGAUUCAGACAUGUCUGAAAUCUCAGAGGAAAUUUUGAUUGAAUGCAUUGCCGACAGAUUACUUGAUUCAUUCCAGGUUUCCUUGAGAAAAUGAUGAUCGUCUUCUAUUUGGAUUUUGUAUUGAUUGAAAUGUUUCUUGAUAUUACCUUUCUCGUGCAGAAUAAGAGUGCCAGUAAUGUUGGAAACGAGAAACAGAACAUUAUGGACAUGCUUAAUCUGCUCCCUAACUUUGCAACAGGGAUUGAUGUAAACCCUAAGUUCAGGAAAAUUGAUGAUUUUGAGCUCACGACGGAGCAUGCCAUAUUUGAUCUUGCGGGCAUUAAACUGUACCACGGGUGGAUUGUGGACCCCCAGGAUUCUGAUCUUUUAGCUGCGAUUGGAUCAAAGUGCUAUAAUACUCUUGUGGAGCAUCUUGUUUCCCUUGAAACAGGGAAUGCAGCUGAGGAAGGAGCUAAAUUGUUUGAUGAUACUCCAAUUUCAGUCACAAAAAGAGGAGACACAGAAGAAGAAGAGGAACUCAAUAGAGUGCUGGAAUUGUCAAGAGAUUACUAUAAACAUCCUCAUGCUCCAUUAUAUGAUUCUCUAGAUUAUGGAUUUGAUGAGUCAUUUGAUGACACUGAAAUUUUGAUAUCUGGAGUUCUUGAAGAUUCCUUGCAGGGGCACAGUGAUGAUGAGUAUCAAGGAUCCCUUGAGCCAGAAUUUAAUGGUUCACAAGACUGCAAUGCAUCCGGUAAAUGUAACAACGAUGUAUUAUCUACAGAAAUCAUUGUUAGGGGGCCUGAUACUCCACUUUCCAAGAUUUCCAGUGGAAGUUACCCUGAUCAGUCAAACUGUGAUGAAUCUGGAGAUUGUUCCAACUCUGUUGGUUUCAUUGAGAAAACAAGAACUGGCGCAAUGGACAGAGCUGGCUUUGAUGCAUGUGAUUCUUUGAAAGAGGAACUUAAGAGACCCUUGCCAUUGGAUAUGCUAUCUCACACAUGUAGUCCAUCUACAAGUUCAGAUGAAAACAAUCUUCUCCUUGCAGGUCCUUUACCUCUCUCUGACAAAGAUGAUUCUUCUAAAUGCUACACUUCCAAAGACCAUGUGAAUUUUUUAGAAGGAGAUCAACUGAUUCUGAAACCAGAUCGAGAUCCCAUGCACCAAAGUGAAAUGGCUCUUGUUGAGCAAGAAAAUUUUGAUGGGCUGCUUACUAACAGAACCAAAGAAGAGGAGCUGCUUCAAAACUUUUUGAGAAAUAGCCAGUUGACCACAUAUGGCCUGUCGUGCCUAAAAGGAGGUCUGAAUGAACGCGAACUUUGUGUUGUUUUCCGUAACAAUCACUUCAGUACUAUGUUUAAGUUCAAUGGUGAACUCUACAUUUUAAUUACUGACGAAGGUUAUGCAAAUCAGCCUGGUCUGGUGUGGGAAAAGUUAAAUGAGGUCAAUGGCAAUUCAAUGUUUAUGACUGAUAACUUCAAGGAAUUUAUGGCAAAAGGCCAAGAGGACUAUCAUGCUAGCAUUCACAAUGCAACAUCAAUGGAAGCAACUUAUAGUGAUGAUGAGAAACUGGCGAGGGCCUUACAAGCAUUGUUUUGUGAAGACGACACAGUUUUGAAAUAGUCAUUGCUCACUGGUUAGCAGGGGCUGGAUAAAGCUCCACAGGUUCUUUUGUAGGGUGGCAAACGUUGGAAAUGAAGAGCAACAGAAAUUUUAGUUUCCUUGCAAGCAGGAUGCAGAGGCAUAAAGGAGCAGGUAAUGAUAAGCUUCUGUACAAAGUGUUCGUGAUGACUACUGUAAUGAUGCAUCUCCCUUUGAUCACCUUGAACAAAAACAACUUUCAGAAUUCAUGUGUUUCCUAUUAACCUUGGCUGUAAAUACAAACAUUGAAAGCAGUAUACGGUCAUUUGACCAAUUUUACAGGACUUAAAUAUCA